AUUAAAGUUAACUUCGAAGAUAAAUUCAGUAAAAAGACUUCUCAAUUUUUAAGAAUUCAUCACCAAUUAGUUUAUUGUAACCGAACUAACCUCAAAAUGUCUGAAGUUAACAAAACAAUAAAAACUGAACCGUUCGAUGAUUAUCCUCAAGUGAAACAGGAAUUUGAUGAUUGUGAAAAUACAUCAGAUUUUUAUAUGGAUGAUGAUAUAUGUCGGCAGCAAUUUUUAAAAUCUAAGGUUACAAUUGACGAGGAAUUAAAGCAAGAGACGAUUUAUGAGCAAGAUGACUUGACUAGUACAAACAAAACAGUUUCAGAUAAAAAUUCUUAUAUGUGUGAUGAAAAGAUCAGAGAAUCAAGUAGUUUUGUGGAGAGCACGAACAAAUCAUUUGAAGAAGUUUCAGGAAAAAGUGAAACAACUAAUAAAUUGAAACCGUAUAAAUGUAAAUCAUGCAGUAAAAUAUUCACAAAAAAAAAUAUCUUGAAGCAACAUGAAAUGAUUCACACUGGAGAACGGCAUCAUGAGUGCAAAAUAUGCAAUAAAAGAUUUUUACGGUUAAGUAAUUUAAGUUCGCAUUUAUCAGUGCAUACUGAAGAAUGCCCGUAUAUCUGUGAAAUAUGCAAUAGAAAAUUCAAAACAAAAGAAAACUUAAAUAAACAUACAGUGAUCCACACUGGAGAACAGCCUUAUGAGUGCAAAAUAUGCACAAAAGAUUUUUACGGUCAAGUAGUUUAA